CUUGCUACAGUAUUGAAAUUGAUUCCCUGCACUGCCACGACAGUUGCCAACGUUGACUUUACCCUUUACUCGAAAAGGUUUUACAUCACAAGGCAGACCAUUAAUUGGUAAAGUAGAAUGGCAGCCCCUGUUAGGGUCCUUGGUGUCUCACCUGCAACGCAACAGGCUGGGCGAGCUUGCGGAGUGCGGCGGCCUGACGAGUUUUUUUCACGUGAUGGACCACUGGGCGCUAGGGCGGAUGUUCGCGUACUGACGAGCGAUGGGCAGGAGCUAUGGCUGCAUCGGGUUGUGCUGGAAAUGUGGAGCCGCCUCUUCCUUGACCUGAUCGCCGCGCACGAAGAGGAAAUGGAUGCGAUGGGUUCAUCCUCAGGGAGCCCUUUCGUCACCCUUGCCCUGACGGACACGGCUGCGGACCUAAUGCUGCUGCUGUCCUGUCUUUACCCAACGCCGUACCCUAAGGACCGCAAGCAAGGUUCCACUUUGGAUGCCGCCAGGUGUGCGGUGUCGGGUACCAUGCUCUGGUUAGAACCUGUUUGUUUACGGGGUUUCCGGCACGCUUUUGAACCGGACAGACUAAAGGGACGCUUAAAGUUCUCAGCAGCUCUCAUGCUUCCAUCAUCCUGCAGAGACCACAUUACACCUAACCUGUCACUCUCACCCGCAACGCGCGCAACACAAUGGCGUGUUGCAUGCGCCUCGACAGCAACCAAACAUGCACCACCGGUGCCCUACUUUGCCCAUGUCCUUAGAUGCCUUACAUGCAUCCCAGCAACAGACUUCUUGUGUUUUAAUGGCCCUGACAUCUUUCCCUCACUCUCAAUCCAGCUACUUUCCGUGAUCAGCCUCAUAAUGACCUUUCGAUAACGCGCUUCCCAAACUCCGUCGCAGCUUCCUGCCGCUGUUGGGCCUCGCUGAUAAGUACCAUUGUCCGCAAAUUAUCGACCGGUGUGCCGCCUUUGCGGUUGAGCAUGUCAUCCCUCGACUAGCCACGCAGCCCUGUGCAAGUGCGGCAGCAGCAGCUGACUACCUGCAGCUCCCGCCACCUCGGCCGGGGAGCCCGUCUACUGGAGCCUUGGAUUGGGUGGUGCGGUGCCUGGAGCUGGCUGUACGGUUGGACCUCGAGGAGCUGACGGAGAGUACGGCGGCGCUCUUGGGCCGACGGUUCUUCGACUGGAGACUUCAGGAUCCUGAGAACAACGAACUUAUGGCACGUGUGGCGCGCGUCCUGACAGCGGAACUGUUUGUACGACUGGUACUGCAAGCCAUUCCCACGCCCUCUGAUGCAACGACUGCGGCCGCCGGCAUGACGACCGACUGCGCCAAAUCUGCUGCCAGCGGAAUACGGCAUUGCGCCGUACGCAGCGAAGCGCUGGGCGUGGUUGGCGGCGGUGCUGUCGGUGGCGGCGGUGGCCCGCGCAUCGUACCUGUCGUAGUCGCAGCCGCGGGACCUGCGGCCGUUGCCCUGCAGCAUGCGGGAGCUGCUGCGGCGGCGGCUGCACCACCGCCGCUGCCGCCUGCCCCGCAGGUGCUCAACCAGCACGUACAGGCGGCGCCACUGCAGCCGCAGCCCUUCGUGGCCCAUCCGAAUAUGGGAUGGCAGCCGCAGCCUCAUUUUUUUAUGGCUGGUGCCAACGGCCCGGCUCAUGCGAUGCCGUUUGGUGGCGGCGGCGGCGAAGCCGCGGCGCCUGUGCCAUUUGCUGAGGCGAGGCCGGUCGGCGGGAACGGCGCACAUGGUGGCAUCGACGUGAGGAACCAGCCGGAGCCGCUACUGACGCGCGAGUGA